AUGAAUCAUAUGGUAGAGGAGCGAAAGUGGCCGGGGCGGCGGUGUAGAGCUAUAAGGAGCGAAGCUCACACACAACGGCUGAUGGAGGGCGGGGUCACAUUCACUUGCUUGCGGCCCGGCUCCAUAAUAGUGGAAAGUGGGCGCGCCCCCGGGAGGGUAACGAGAUUCAACUGGAUGGUCACGCUUUUCGAGAACGGUUUUUCCCUCAGAAAGCUGGUUCCGUGA